AUGAAAAAUACCUUCAUAACUCUAAUUCCUAAGAAAGACACAGUUGAAGAAAUAAAAGAUUUGAGACCCGUUAGUUUAGUUCAUGGGGUGUAUAAAAUUAUUUCAAAAGUUCUAGCAGAGAGGUUAAAGAAAGUUCUUCCUUUAGUUAUUUCUUCUGAACAAACAACUUUCAUUAAAAAAAGGCAGAUUUUGGAUGGUGUUUUAGUGGCUAAUGAGCUUAUUGAUUCAAGAAUUAGAAGUGGCAAACCUGGUUUACUAGUUAAAUUCAAUUUUGAAAAGGAUUUUGACCAUGUAAAUUGGGACUUUUUAGAUGAAAUUAUGGACAAAAUGGGAUUUGGUUUACAAUGGAGGAAAUGGUUGAGAUGUUGUGUCGAAUAUGUGAGGUUUUAUGUGCUUAUAAAUGGGUCUGCAGUUGGAUACUUCAAAAGAAAAAAAGGAAUUAGGCAGGGUGAUCAUUUAUCACCCUUUUUGUUUCUUCUUGUAGGUGAAGCUCUUUCUUAUAUGAUAAAACAAGCUCAAGAGCAAGGUCUUAUCUCUGGUUUUCAAGUUGUUGAAGGUGGUAAACUAGUUAGUCAUCUUCAAUUUGCUGAUGACACCCUCAUUUUCUUGGAUGCUGUAUUGAACAGAGGUGGUAAGAUUACUCUUAUCAAAAGUGUCUUACCUAGUCUACCAACAUUUUAUAUGUCUCUCUUUGAAAUGCCAGUUUCUUUAGCUAAGAGACUUGAAAAAUUAAUGAGAGACUUCCUAUGGGAUGACAAAGGAAAGAAAAAGAUGCAUUUGGUCAAGUGGUCUGUGUUAUAUAAAAGAAAAAAGUAUGGAGGUUUGGGGAAUAAAAUUUUAAAGAAGAUGAAUCAAGCUUUGCUGUCAAAAUGGCUCUGGAGAUUUGCGAAGGAAGAUGAUGUUUUGUGGAGAAAUAUUAUUGCUGAAAAAUAUGGGAUUGAUGGUGUAGAAUGGUUAUCAAAAACUCCUAAUGGUUCUUUCGGUAGAGCGAUAUUUCCAAAUUUGUACCAACUCUCUAGAAAGAAAAACUACUUUGUGUAUGAAUGUUACAAUGCAGAUUCUCCAAAUUUCAAAUGGUCAUUGGAGGAGGAGGAUGUGCUGGAAUGGUCUCUUACCAGCAAAAAGAACUACACGGUCAAAUCAACAUAUGAUUCUUUAUCUAAUGCAAAAAUUGAGACUUCAGAUAACAACAUUUUCAAGUUAAUCUGGAGGUUGAAGAUUCCACCAAAAAUUGGUUUUUUCAAUGGACCAUUGCUCAUUCAAGAUUACCCACUAGAGAUUUCUUAA